CUCACUUGAUCGCUCGCUGGUGUGAGCUCACAGGCCCAACAACCGAUGAGACAGUCGUAAUUCUGGCCAAUUGGUUUAUGGUCAAGUAUCGCCUUGGACUGGCUUGGUCUGCGAACAGCAUUUUCCGAAUUCCACUCUCGUAGUACCGAUGAUGGAGCUGCCUUUCGUGAAGCCACCUUUCAGCGUGAACAACGCCGCUCGGUCGUCCAAUCGACCAGACCAGUGUGUCUCGAUAGCGUUUGCGUGUCCCGCUCGUUCUGACACGGUACUGCGGCACGAUGGAGGCGCGUUGAAGGGCCUCCAGCUCAUUGCGAACGGCAAUACCAAGUGUACAGAGCCACCCAACAGUCCGUUCGCAUCGAUGUGUCUUUCUGAGAUGGUCUCGGACUUCUUAGACGAUCCGGCCACCGCCAUAACUGCUCCCAAGGGCGGCAUGCGCGUCAGCGACCGUUAUGAUUCCGCCGCCGACACCGCGUGCGGGCUCGCAGCCCUGCAAGGAACUGGUGCUGCGCCGCUCAAGGGCGCACCCGUGUCCACGUGGUCCCAGCGCGUGUGCGGAUGCGGCAGUCCGUGGUGCCGCGAAGGCCAGCAUUGCAAUUCUGCAAGGACGGCUAUGGAGGACCGCGAGGGCGGCGGCUACGAUGUCGCGCAGCUCACUCAAAUGGUCGAGUCGCUAGGCGUGUGCCAGACGGCUGAGGAGUGUCGCCUCUUCGUGGACGUCCUAGCGGCACUCAAAGAAGCUCGAAGAUCCCCUUCACCCAGCGCGCCUGCCAAUGCUGCUUCGCACCCCCGAAGCUUCGACACGGGAGCAGGAGAAGCCAAGUCAGCAGGCGAGAAGAAGACAGCAGGAGCGGCGGGGAGUGGAGCGAGCGAGCUAGGAGGGGGGGCUGGCGGACUGCCUGCUAGUGGGCGAGCGCGCGCUGAUGUGGUGCAAUGGCUGCAGGCGAAGGGUUACGAUGCGGCUCUCUGCGAAUCCCAGUGGGGCCACCGGAAAGGCCUUCCGGGAGGGAGCCACGAGUACAUUGACGUCAUUGUGGGCUCAUCCUCGUCUCGCACUGCAUCCACACCAAGACCAGCACCACCAGCGCAAGAGCCUACCACCAGCAGGCAGUGGCCUUCACCCAUGGGAGCCCCCCUUCCACCUGCGUCAUCAUUCGGCGCUGCCACGCGUCUCCUGGUGGACAUUGACUUCCGGGGUCAGUUCCACGUGGCCCGGCCGAGCCUGGAGUACGCGUCCCUGCUGCAGGCAACUCCGCUGAUCUUUGUGGGGCGCUCGGAGCGCUUGCAGCAGCUGGCGGACAUGCUGUGCUCUGGCAUGCACCGCUCGCUGCUGGCCCAGGGCAUGCAUGUUCCGCCAUGGAGGCGCGCUGAUUACCUGAGAGCCAAAUGGGCCCAGGGGUACAGGCGCCUGCCAACUAAUAUUGAAGAUGGCGUGCAGGGGAAGAGGGAGAAAGAGGCAGUUUCAGCUGAAUUGAAGGCUCAUAGAAUACCUGUGCCUGCGGCUGAGGCACAUGUGGGUGUCAAAUGGACGAAGCAGGUUGGUGGAGGGUUUCAUGCCGGAAGCACACAUGCCGGUCCGUGCAAUGUCACGGUUCCAGCCCAUGAAUGCAAUGGAGAGCUGGUAGGAGCAUGGGCGUCUGGAGCAGUGGGCGGUUCACAAUCACAGACUAGAGCAGCAAUGACAGCACGGCUUGUGGGGCACAUGCGCCCUUACCCACUGCUGCAUUAAAGAUGCCGAUAUCUGAGUAUCUCCAACGCCCUUGGGCAUGAGGACACGGUGGCUGGAGGGGUGCUGAGUGCUGGUGAUGGGAUGUUCUGCGCCCAAUGGUACACUCCAGGACGCUAGUGUAAUAAUCAUUUUGCCUCCCUUUUGUAAGUUUUUUCGAGUUAUUAUUAACAAUUGAGAGGU